AUGAAACGAAAAAGUAAGCAGAUUGAAAAUGACGAGGAUAUGGAGACAGAGGAGAUCAACGAAGAAGUAACAGAGGAAGUAGAAGAGAAUGGAGUGGAAAAUGGAGAUUUAAUAGAAGAUGAGGAAGACGAGAAAAUGGAGACAGAGGAAGUUGAGGAGGAGAAACCGGCGAAAGUAGAAGAAAAUGGAGAAAGAGAGUUGUUUAAAGUGCUCGGAAAGCAAGAAAUGAAGAAUUUAGAGGCGUUGAAAGUGACUAGUUCGUGGGUUCAACACGCCACCACGUUCUCCGCCACAAUCGACCAAACCACUUCGGAAAAACUCUCAAAAAUUGAUCUACCCGAAUAUCUCACUGUUCCCGACUCGAUUUCCACGUGGUUCCCUGUCCAAUACUCAGUUCUUCCCACUCUUUUCAAAGAAAUCCGUUGCCCACCACCACUUCGUCCUCGUGACGUGGCAAUUGCCGCUCCGACUGGAAGUGGAAAAACGAUUUGUUAUGUUCUUCCAGUGCUAGCGGCUGUCGGGGAGAAACCAUCGAAAAUUCUGCAUGCAGUGAUUCUGGUACCCGUACAGACACUGGUGACACAGAUUGUUGAAGAAUUCGGACGAUGGAAUUCUGGAAAUGCGAAGAUUUUGGCGUUGAGUGGAGCGAAUGAUUUUGAGAAAGAAGCGAGACACAUAGCUCAAGACCCACCGAAUGUGAUUGUGGCGACACCGGCGAGACUUGUUCAACAUCUCACAGCAAGUAUCCCACCGCCCAUUGAUUUGAGUAGACUCAGAUUUCUUAUCGUUGAUGAAGCGGAUCGAAUGGGCAAACUAAUGAGAGAGGAAUGGCUGGAACUCGUUGAGUUUUUGUGUGGAGGAAUGGAACGGGUCGCUUGUCUCAAUGAUAUCAUUAGACAACGCAGAGCUCCGCAGAAGAUUGUGCUCUCGGCGACGUUAUCGAAGGAUGUGGAGGAGCUGCAUUUGUGGAAUUUGUUCAAACCGAAAUUGUUCUCGGCUAGUGCGACAAAGGCGAAAGAUAUCACCUCCGGAAUCGCUCAAGUAGAUCACAUCUCGGGUCGCCUCGCCCUUCCUUCUUCAAUCUCUCAUCGUCUUAUCACCUCCGAUCCAAAAUUCCAUCCGCUCGCCGUCUAUCAACAAAUCUCUCGAAACAAAUUCAACAGAACUCUAAUUUUCGUCAACGAAGUCUCCUCAUCGAAUCGAUUGGCGCAUGUGCUCAAAGAGCUCUGUAAGGGAGAAUUCGAAGUGGAUUACUUCACUGCUCAGUUAUUCGGAAAGAGAAGAUAUAAAAUGCUUGAGAAAUUCAAUAAAAACACGAAUCGAGUGCUGAUUUGUUCGGAUGUUCUGGCGAGAGGAACUGAUUUGAAUCGAGUGGAUUGUGUCAUCAACUAUAAUCUGCCAUCCGACGAUAAACUGUUUGUGCAUCGAGCUGGAAGAACUGGAAGAGCUGGACAAGAGGGAUAUGUGAUUAGUGUUGGCGAUAAAGAGACGAAACGAUUGUUUGUGAAGAUGCUGAAAGUGACAAAGUUGUGGGGAGAUACUGUAGAGGAGCAGAUGGAAGACUACUUGUUUGAGAAGGAUAUGGAUAGGUGA